CGCGCUCUGCCUCCUCGUGGCCCCGGCCGCCGCCUUCUACCUCCCCGGCGUCGCGCCCAACGACUUCGACAAGAAAGACCUUCUUCCCGUGAAAGUCAACAAACUGACUUCGAUCAAGACACAGCUUCCCUACUCAUUCUACUCUCUCCCGUUCUGCAAGCCAGACACUAUCGUCGACAGCGCUGAAAAUCUCGGUGAAGUUCUUCGCGGAGAUCGCAUUGAGAACUCCGCAUACGUGUUUGAAAUGAGGGAGCCUCAGAUGUGUCAGAUAGUCUGCAAGAUUUCAGUUGGGGACAAGGAAGCGAAGGUUCUCAAGGAAAAGAUUGAAGAUGAGUACCGCGUGAACAUGAUUCUUGACAACCUGCCUCUAGUCGUUCCCAUUCAAAGAGUGGACCAGGAAGGUGCUUAUUUCUAUCAACAUGGGUUCCAUGUUGGAGCCAAAGGACAAUACUCAGGGAGUAAGGAUGAAAAAUAUUUCAUCCACAAUCAUUUGUCGUUUACGGUGAAAUAUCACAGGGAUGAGCUAAGAGAUGUUUCUAGAAUAGUGGCCUUUGAAGUAAAACCCUACAGUGUUAAGCACGAAUACGAAGGACAGUGGAAUGACAAGAAGACCCGUCUGACCACUUGUGAUCCUCAUGCAAAACGUAUAAUUACAUCAUCUGAUUCUCCUCAAGAGGUUGAAGCUGGCAAAGACAUUGUAUUUACAUACGACGUGGAUUUCAAGGAGAGUGAUAUCAAGUGGGCAUCUCGCUGGGACAGUUAUCUGCUGAUGACAGAUGAUCAAAUCCACUGGUUCUCCAUUGUGAAUUCUCUCAUGAUCGUUCUCUUCCUUUCGGGAAUGGUUGCAAUGAUCAUGCUUCGAACCCUCUACCGGGAUAUCUCCAAGUACAACCAGCUAGAGACCCAAGAGGAAGCCCAAGAAGAAACAGGAUGGAAGCUUGUUCAUGGUGAUGUUUUCAGGCCUCCGGCACACUCAGACUGGCUCUGUGUUUAUGUUGGAACAGGUGUCCAAUUUUUUGGCAUGAUGCUUGUCACCAUGGUCUUUGCAGUCCUUGGCUUCCUUUCUCCAUCCAACAGGGGUGGACUGAUGACAGCUAUGCUCUUGCUUUGGGUUUUCAUGGGUUUGCUUGCUGGCUACUCUUCUUCACGCCUCUACAAGUUGUUUAAGGGCUCAGAAUGGAAGAACAUUGCUUUGAGGACAGCAUUCACUUUCCCUGGCAGCGUGUUCGCUAUUUUCUUCUUCUUGAAUAUUCUUAUCUGGGGUCAGAAGUCCUCUGGCGCAGUUCCAUUCAGCACAAUGUUCGCCCUUGUCCUCCUUUGGUUCGGUAUCUCAGUGCCUUUAGUUUUUGUUGGGAGUUUCCUUGGUUUCAAGAAACCUGCCAUUGAAGACCCUGUGAAGACGAACAAGAUACCCAGGCAGGUACCUGAGCAGGCCUGGUACAUGAACCCAAUCUUCUCUAUUCUAAUUGGAGGGAUCCUUCCAUUUGGAGCUGUGUUCAUUGAGCUCUUCUUUAUCCUGACCUCUAUCUGGCUGCACCAAUUCUACUACAUCUUUGGGUUCCUCUUCCUUGUCUUCCUGAUCCUUAUCGUCACAUGCGCUGAGAUCUCAAUUGUGCUCUGCUACUUCCAGCUAUGCAGUGAGGAUUACCUGUGGUGGUGGAGGUCAUACUUGACAUCGGGGUCUUCUGCCCUGUACCUCUUCCUGUAUGCCACCUUCUACUUCUUCACAAAGCUGGAGAUCACAAAGUUUGUGUCAGCUGUCCUUUACUUCGGCUACAUGCUUAUAGCCUCAUAUUCAUUCUUUGCCUUGACGGGUACAAUAGGAUUCUAUGCAUGCUUCAUGUUCACCAGGCUGAUUUACUCGUCUGUGAAGAUUGAGUAAACAUCUUCUGCCUAAUUCUUCGUUGCCACGGUGAAGGGUCUAUGCUUCAGACAGUGAAUGCUACAGGUCUUCGAAGUAUAGCUUGAUGUGGCAUCAGUUCUGAGUUGUCAAAGCUGGUUGUUAAGAUGAAGAUAUGUUAUCCACGAUUAAAGUAUCAUAGCUAGCUCAGUGAGUUUUGUUCUCUUAUCCUUUUUUUUUUCUUUAGCCUUUGGAUCACGAGGAUGCCUAUUGAGUGCUUGUUGCAGAGUGAAUUGUAUACGGACACCGAUAAAUCUCAUUUAUGUUCAGGCCACAUGUAAUGUAAUUGUCACGUACAUUAAGUCUUGUAUUAAAGAUAUUGCUGCAGUAAAAUGUUCUGACUAGUUCUAGUUCUUCGUCA